AAAUAAAAAGUUGGGGAAAAGGGAGUUUUGAGAGCAGACUGAUUCCACUUCCACCAAACCGUAUGAAUCGGUUUGUUUGCUGCAAAGUUCUUCAGAUUUUUCCUCUUCUCCCCAUAAACUCUCUUCUUUGACCAUUCUCCUUCUCUUCUUUCUCUACACAUUUCUAGGUUUCAGUUUUUCCCCAAUUCCCUCUUCUAAAAUCCUUCCUUCCUUCCUUCUCCCCUUUGAUUUUCUCUGCACUCACUCCAUGGCCAAUUUCACUUCUUCUUCUUCCUCUCACAAUCCCAAUGCUGUUUCAGCUUCUGCUGCCUCUGAUGAUGCGUUUGAUGACGCUUGCUGUAUUUGCCUAGACCCAUUUACCUCCGAUGAUCCCGCCACUAUUACCAGUUGCAAGCAUGAAUAUCAUCUCCAAUGUAUUCUUGAUUGGUCUCAAAGAAGCAAUGAGUGCCCAAUCUGUUGCCAGUUGCUCGUGUUGAAGGAUCCUGUUGGCCAGGAGCUUCUAGCAGCCAUAGCUAGUGAAAGGCUUUUAAAGUUGAGAAGCUUGUCUUCUGCUGCAUCCACUUCUUUGCGUUUCCACGAAAACUUUGAUAUUGAUCAUGACUCCGCUCACUCGGAUGACUCUGACUUUGAUGACCUGAUUAUGCAGCAUCUUGCUGCUGCAGCUAGCAGAGCUCGGUAUGUUCAUAGAAGGGAGAGGCAAAGACAUUUUGGACUUGGGCCUUCACAAGUUAUCUCUGCAUGUCCAGAAGAGGUUCCAAUGUCACCACGAUUUCAAGAUGCAACUCUAAUUUCACCUAAUAGUGAUUCACCAUCUCCUGGUUCUCCGCUGUCAUCUGUUGGCCAAACUGGAACUAGUAAAAUCUCGCAUAGUGUUAUACUGCUGCCACCAUCUGGUAGUCAUCAGAAAACAAACCAAUCUGAGGGGCUCUCUUUCCCAGAUUCUAUCAAAUCCAAAUGGUCUGCUACUUCUGCAAAGUACAAAGAGUCAAUCUUGCGAAGUACUCAAGGUAUUAAGGAGAAACUGCUUGCUCGUAACAGCUCCAUGAAGGAGCUAAGCAGGGGAGUAAAGCGUGAAGUUAGUGCUGGGAUUGCUGGCGUUGCUCGAAUGAUUGAUCGCCUAGAUUUGACUUCAAAAAGGAAUACUGGUUCAGUUUCCUUCUUCAGCUUCAGUGGGGGUACAUCAAACUCCCUGAAAGGAAAGAACGUAGUGCAAGAGAGUGCCGUCACUGAUGGUUCAGUUAAAAUUGAUAGAAUAUGUACUGGUUCACCUUCACAGGUUUCCCCUACUGUUCCAGGCUCCGUCGAAGUUUCUUUAGCUCAGAGAGGAGAUUGAAGUGUGGAUGUUAGGAUUUGACUCAUCUAGUUGAACAUCUUAUCAACUCAACUCAGUAGAAUGCACACUGCAGCAAGCGACGUAUUACGAUUUAGCCAACAUCCUUGUUGGUUUGCGUCCUGCAUUUUCUUCUUUUUAUAAAUCUACCAAGGAAAAAGGUGUAACUUUCGUAGUAAUUCUAUUUAUAUUUUUAAUGUAAUGAUGAUGUUCUGCUUCAUGAUACUCUAUUUCUAUGUGGAUGAGUUUCUUUCUAUCUCUUUGAGAUUGGGACUGAAGUUGUUCACUAUCAAUGGAAGGCCUUGACUGAAUGGAUGUAACCUCAUUGGGAUACAAAUGCUUCUUUCGAAGGGAAGAACAUAAAAAGGGAAGCUGGUUUCUGUUCUGAUUUCUGAAUACUUUUGAAGCCAACCUAAGUGUAAUGUCAAGGGGAAUUUGGGUUAGGGGUGGAAGUUGAGAUUGCAAAUCUCGCUGCAUUUUUUUUUCUUUUUUUUUGGGGUGUGGGAGGAGGAUAAGCAGUUAACAUAUUGGAACUUUGAAGAUGCUUCUUCACAAUUUAAUUCCCUAA